AUGCUGUUGGAGGGCUUGGUCGGUGUCGUGGCAGCCCCGCAUGGCAGGUACAUUGCGCUGAGCACGUAUGAGCGUGAUGAAUGGCGCAUCUAUGUAUCGUUUGACGACAUAUCUAGGCGUAGGCCGCGGUGGUGGGGUCGCGCCCUUACGAAGAAAGAUCUAGAGUCUCUCGAAGCCGCCGACCCUGCGUGGCAGGCCCAUAUUCGUGAUGCAUGGCAUGGCCGAAGUCUUCAAGUAGAGAUGCUGGACUACGAUACACCUGAUGAUGACGGCACAGAGGUAGUAGUCGCUGACGCAUGCCGGCUCCUUGUCACGCUCGAGUCUGGCCGCGUCGGUUGGGAGUUGCCUGCUUGCACGGAGGCCGAGGCAGCGUCCAUCAGCACGCGUAUGAUUGCCCAUCUUUCCCUGCAGCUUACCUCGUUGGAAGAUCGGGCCGCCGCCCAGCAACACACCUUUGAUCACGCUCUGCAGGAGAUGCAGCAUCGUCUCGAUACCGAGCGUGCCAAGUACCGCGACCUGCUCAAAGCAGAUCGGCAUGUGCGUGUGAAAUAUUCCGCUACAUCGUUGGUCCAUCCGGGCCGGAUCCGGUAUGUUUGCGCAUGA